AUGGCUUUGCCAAGAGCACAGCCUGCAGAAGUGCUACGAGCGUGGCAAAAGGAUGAUUUUUAUGAGAAACAACUCGCAGGAUCACUGGCACGAUUAAUACCGUCCCAUCAAGCAACUAAAGCCGAUCCAAUAUCGUCCCUGCUUUAUAAAUCCUUUACUACGCUCAAAGAUCUCCAAACACUCGGGGAAGAAUAUUCGGGAAUCGUACAAGUUGACGAAAGUUAUCAUAAUUUGCCUACAUUUAGCAAUCGCUUGCUUAGUAUACUCUUAUCAACAUUUGGCGAAAAUAUAACCAGAAGAUUACUUCGUGAAAUUGAAAGGAAGAUAGAAUUAAAUUCGUCACUCAAACCUGAGGCACAGAACUUCUUUAUAGUUAUUAUAAAAACUUUAGGAAAUAUAGUUCCUCAAUUAGAAAGUAUACACAGGGCCUUAUCGUAUAUUAAUGGAGGACCAUUGCAAAUAGGGAAAUUGGUGGCAGGCAUAGACUAUGUUCAUGUGAGACCAGCAGCUGCAGCAUAUUACGCUCAUUUAAGAUUAUUAGGAUUAGUUACACUGUUACAUGCUUUCAUAUCAUGUGGGCAGAGUCUUUAUGAGGCCAAAAAAAACAUGGAACAGUUAUCAAACUUUCCCAGUGAAGUUGAUAGUAAUAGAACAUGUGUGGCUUGUUUGGAGGAGAUAAUUCAACCAUGUGUCCUUCAUUGUGGGCACGUCUUCUGCUUGCAGUGUUGUUAUGGGGCAUUAGAAAAUUGUCCACUGUGCAGGACACCUUUUACAAAAAAUAAUGUUGUACCUUUAAUGAACUAUUAUCCAGGUGAUUAUCAACAACAAUAG